AUGCAGCCAAUGAAUAUGCGAUCUCAUGUGUUUCCUAUGGGAGACCAAUUUUUUUCACCACAACAACAAAAUGACCAACAAGCCAAUGUUAGGAUGAAUGCUCAGGUAUUCUCCCCACAGAUGAAGCAAACAUCGAGAUUAUAUCCUCAACAGCCGGGAAUGGUGCAAGGCAUGCCUGGAGUGGCUAGCUCUCAUGCUGCGCCCGAUAUGUCCAACUCUUUUCAUCUGAAGCAGAAACUGGAUCCAUCGUUGGGUCAGGUCCAGGCGCCGCUGCAGCAGCAGCAACAACAGCAGGCUCACGGCCCACAAGUCCCCCAACAUCCGGCUUUCAGCGUCCCGAAUGCUGGAAACUUGGCUCCAAAUGGGCCGCCGGGCAUAGGCGGCAUUAGCCAAGCUCCCGCUGGUUUGACUAGACCUGGAAAUAACACUGUUCCAAAGCACAUUGCGACUGCGAAUGCAGCCCCGGUACUACUCACGCCGCCAAACCAUCUAUUUAUCCGUGAGGUGUGGCUGAAUAAUUUGCAUGCUGAAUUCGCCUCUAUAAGAAAACUGAUUACACAAUACAAUUACGUUUCAAUAAGCACGGAGUUUGUCGGGACUAUAGCGCGGCCGAUCGGCAAUUUCAGAUCUAAGACAGAUUACCACUAUCAGACGAUGAGAUCGAAUGUCGACUUUCUAAAUCCUAUACAGAUAGGUCUGUCACUUUGCGACGCGAGCGGAAACAAGCCAGAAAGUGGCCCGUCCACCUGGCAGUUCAAUUUCUGCUUCGACGAGACAAAAGAAAUGAUGUCACAGGAGUCCUUUGAGCUUCUGCAGAAAUCAGGCAUCAACUUCCAUAGUCAUAAAACGAAUGGGAUAGACCCCUUCGAGUUUGCGCAACUAAUGAUCGACUCAGGACUGCUUCUGGAGGCCUCCGUUACAUGGCUCACAUAUCACGCUGCGUACGAUUUCGGUUUCCUAAUCAACAUUCUUAUGAACAAUGACAUGCCCAACAACAGAGAGGACUUCGAAUGGUGGGUUCACAAAUUCAUACCAAACUUUUACGAUUUAAACCUAAUUUGCAAGGUCAUGCAGGACUCCAAACAACCGCAACCCACACAGCAGCAAAAACAGUACACUUUAUCAUCAUUGGCCGAAGAAUUGAGCAUUCCCAGAUACUCCCUGUUUGUCACCACCGGGGGAGAAAGCCUACUGACAGGGUUGUGCUUCUUUCAGUUGAAUAAGUUGCUGGCGAACAAAAUGCCUAACGGAACUAACUUCUCCAGUUAUAGAAAUCUUAUCUAUGGCAUCAAUGGAGAGUGA